UGUGUAUUUGUGUACGAACACGCGCGUAUCGAUUAGACGGUUUCAUGAAUCAACUGCUUUUUUAGGCGACUCUGACUCUGUUUCGUUACUGUAGGUACUUUUGGCGGUGCAGGCUCUUGAGAAUGUGUUCCUGGAAAAACAGAAAUUACUUCUAGCUUGCCCAAAACAAAACGAGGAACUGAAGGAAAGGCUGGUCAUAGUUAGAUUUAUAUUCUUUUUCGAAAGUCAGUUCAUUUGGAGAAACAGUCUACUUCUAGAAGACGGGAACCCGUUAACGAUCAAGUUCAAUGAAGCAGGUGAUUUAUCAAAUGCCAUGUUUUGUGUGGAAGAAAGACAACAGUAUAGGUUACGCAUAGACUUACUGGUUAAUAAAAAUGUAAAAGAACUCAGAUAUGUGCACUAUUUUAAGAAGCUUCGAAUGAGAUGGUUAAACAAAGAAUUUUCACUAGGACCGUUGGCCCUACAAAAUGAUGUGCAAAAUAUCGCACUGCCAUUUCAAACUGCUCCUCAAGGCAAGUUCGUAAAUACUAAGUCAGCUUACAAUAAAAUAGCAGUAAGCUGGAAGUGCCAGCAACUGGCGCCCAAAGGCUCUGAAUGGUGCUGUGGGGUUGUGCUCCAACAUUGA